GUGCCUCUGAGCAUUAGCAGGCUCAGCAUAGCAACUCAUGCAUGAGUUGACCAACAUCUCAAGUUACCGUGGCCAACAACUCGAACAUCCAGCAAGUACCGUGAGUAAAGGAACGACGAAUCAGGUACGCAUGUGCUGAUAAUUACGCGUACGGCCCAAGCUGCUUAUCCGAUGGGCCACCGUAUGGCUGCGCGGCAAAGAAAACGCAUGGUGCCGCCAUCACUCGGUGCAUGUGUUUACAUAAUUAUCUAAAUGUUCGCUCCGUCAGUACAGAAAUACCCAUCCCAAAUAAAAACCCCAUGUACGAUACCAGACGAUUCCCUAUCUCCCCCUCACAGACUCUUGGUUUGCUCGACGAACCUGUGAUGCGUCUUCUCGCCGUAUUUGCAGCUCUGCUCGCAGUGGUUGCCUCCAGCGGUCGUAGGAUAGUAACCAAGCACGAGAUACGAGAACGCCAACUGGAGGCAGCAAAGCGUUGGCAGACUAGUGGCCCUCAGAACGUAAAGCGUAGUGGUGUUCAGAACAUCACAUUCACGAACCCCAAGGCCUCAGAAUUUUACGUUGAUGGCGGAUCCCUUCCUCUUGUUGACUUCGACGUUGGUCCUAGUUGGGCAGGUCUUCUACCCAUUAGCAAUAGCCCCAACGAGACACGUCAGCUCUAUUUCUGGUUUUUCCCUCCUGGCCCUGAAGGGAGUCUUGAUGAUUUGAUUUUCUGGACGAACGGUGGCCCUGGCUGCUCCUCUCUCGAAGGUUUGCUGCAAGAGAAUGGACCUUUCAGCUGGGCCUGGGGUCAGGCCAAACCAACGGUGAAUCAACAGAGCUGGACCAACCUGUCCUCCGUCCUUUGGGUGGAGCAACCUGUUGGUACCGGAUUUUCCCAAGGCAUCCCAAAUGCACAGAAUGAGGAUGAUGUCGCUACUCAACUCGUCGGCUUCAUGCAGCAGUUCCUUGAGGUUUUUUCGGAACUCAAAGGCAAAAAGCUGUAUCUAACGGGUGAAAGUUACGCUGGAACAUACGUGCCUUAUAUCGCAAACUAUAUCUACGAGAACCCCACUCUAUUAGACCUCUCGUUGCAGGGAAUAUGGAUCAGUGAUCCCUCAAUCUCAUGGGACGUAGUGCAAGAGGAGAUCCCUGCAGUGGACUUCGUGAACAAAUACGCUGGUCUCUUUUCUUUCAAUCAGACGUUCAUGAGCCACCUCGAGGAGAAGGCCGUGACGUGCAAUUAUACUGGUUACAUGGAUAAGUAUGUCACAUACCCUCCAACAGGUCUUCUUCCCCUGCCAGGAGACUCUAUCGAGUUUGCACAGGGCUGUGACGUUUGGGACGACAUUUUCAAUAAUGCACUGAUUAUCAAUCCCGCCUUCGAUAUCUAUCGCAUCUGGGACACUUAUCCGAUUUUAUGGGAUGUCCUAGGUUUCCCAGGUUCAUUCCCACAGAUGCAGUCUCCGAUCUACUUUAACCGAAUGGAUGUGAAGGAAGCUAUCCACGCGCCCGUUGACACCGAGUGGUCGGAAUGUUCCAAUAUUAACGUCUUCCCCAACGGAGACAGCAGCUUGCCCCCUGCCCUGACUGUAUUACCGAGUGUCAUCGAGAAGAACCAGCGGACCGUCAUUGUGCACGGUCUCGCUGAUUUUAUCCUCAUUGCCAAUGGAACCAGAAUUGCCAUUCAAAACAUGACCUGGGAUGGCUUGCAAGGAUUCCAGACGCCUAUCACUGACGACAGCUUCAUUGUCGAUGGCGUGGGUGCCUAUGGGACGAUGCACUCAGAGCGGGGACUUACUUAUUACGAAGUAGCGUUGAGUGGACACAUGUGAGCUCACUGCAAUACGUAGGGUCUCGUUUCUAAUCGUCUUCUGUAGGAUUCCACAGUUUGCGCCAGUAGUAAGUUGACAAUGCUGAUGUGCAGGUGCAGUCUAACGCAGAAACAAAUGAUUUCAGGCCGCCUUCCAGAUUAUGCAGUACCUGAUGGGCUUUAGGGACACACCCUAGAUAGAUACUUCUUUCCGUCCAUACUAUAAACAAGCAAUCCGCUCGCCUGCGGACGGCUCAGUCGUAUCGUGUAUUGUUAUCCUGUCGGAUUCGUUUACAGCAGCAAUGAAGAGUAAACUACGU